AUGGUAGCGAGAAACGAAACAGUAAAUAGAAGUUCGUCGUCGGAAACGGCUGGUGGAGAUGUGAAAGUGGAUACGGGCACUGAUGACGUGGAUGAAGGUGAAGAUGGCAUGAUUUUAUCAUCAUUUCAAAUGAAAUUAGUUUCCGAUUCAACAUAUUCGAAAGGUAUCAAUUUAAAAAUGAAUGGUGUCCUCUUAUCAUCAUCAAAUUAUCAAAAAUCAUUUCAUGGUCCUGUUUUCAUAUUUGUCAAUAAAAAUAUUUGUGAUUUUCAUUCACAAAUAUUUGUGAAUAUUAGUUCACUAUCCCAUAAUAAAUCGUGGAUUGCAUUUGUACUUCAUCGACGUAACAACUGUUUUUAUUCGAUUAUAUUAAAAAAUUUAAAAUAUCAUAAUGCAAGAGCUAUGAUCAUAUUUAAUACAAAAAAAGACCCUUUUCCAUUACAUAAUUAUUCAUCAAUUGAUUUUUCAACUAUGUUAACUAUUUAUGCGAACACAUUUAUUGACGAUUUAUCUUCAUUGGUCUCUAAUAUAGAAAAAAUACGAUUUAAUGUGACAAUUGAAUUUAUUAAAAUUACUUAUAAUAUUUUUACAAAAAUUUAUAUCAUUAUGGGUAGUUGUAUUUUGGGUUGUAUUAUUCUGACAUGUAUUGGUCACUGUUUUCGACAACGUCGUCAAAUAAAACGAGAAGAACGUAUAGAAAAACAAUUAAAAAAUAGAGUUAGAAAAAUAUUAAAUGAUGAUGAAUUAAUUACUAUUCAAAAUACACAACAAUUAAAUGAAGAUGAAAUGUGUGCCAUUUGUUUAAAUAAUAUAAAAAGUGGUGAUAUUAUAAGAAAAUUGAAAUGUAAUCAUUUAUAUCAUUCGGACUGUGUUGAUCCAUGGUUAUUAAAUCAUCAAUGUUGUCCGUUAUGUAAUCAUAACAUUUUAUCACCCAUUGUUUCAACUAUUUCAGCUACAAUUGAUAAUAAAAUUGUUAUUACUACAAAAUUAUGUGAAAAUAAUUGUAUUCAAAAUGCAAUAUUAAGUGGGGAAGAAACAACACAAUUGUAA